AGAUAUUUAUUGAUGACUACAUAUUAAAUCUAUUUCCAUUGCAGAGAACAGUCAGUCAAAACGUGACCACAUACAUUGGUUGGCUUCACUAUUGCCAUUUGAAUGCUAAGUACAUCAUGGUUUAGAACACAAAAAAGCAACAAAAUGUCGGGCCGCGCCCAGUAGUUCUUAGUAGAAACAUCGGUGAUGAGCAACUCAUGGCAUUACUUAAAAAAACUUUUUUUACACGAGGAAGAAGUGUAAAAGGCAUGGCCACUAACAUGACCUUUACAUUUGGAAAUGUGAAAGGGGUAGAAAUAGCAGAAAUUUCAGACGUGUUGUCAAAUCCAAAACCCCAUAUUUAUCUUCUGUCCAAAGAAAAGAUACCAGACAUGGCAGUCUAUUCUUCCGACUCUGAUGAAUUGAUGGACCCACAAAUGACAUCUGCACCAGCGUUUACUUCUCAAUACACUUCACCUAUAAUGCAUGGAGCUAGUUCAUCCUUGGGCACCCCAAAUUUCACCCUUUCUACAAUUUGCAACACACCGUGCAACACACCAGUUUUAAGUAGACAAGGCACAUCUCACUGGAAUGAGUCUGGAACACCAGAAGUGAGUAUUAAAAAUCUGUAUACUUUUGGGUUUUGA